AUGUUGCGGCGGUUCUUCCACCGCCCCAACACCAACUCGUGCCUGUACCUCAUAAUCGGUUUUCAGCUGGGAUGGAUUUCCACCUCCUUCCUCCUUUCCCAGCACCAACUGCUCGCGCAGCAGCAGCACGACCCUUCCCCCUUCUCCCUCUCCCACCUCCGCCACCCGCACGACCCCCCCUGCGCCUCCCCCCCCUGCCACCGCUCCGUGCGCUCGCUGGGGGACUGGGGGCUGGCGGGGGCGGCGGCGGGGGGGAGCAGCUCCGCGAAUGGCGCAGGCGCGGGGGGCGGCGGAGGGGGCGCGGGGGGGGCGAGCGCGUGUAACUUAUCCGCGGAGGCGGUGGAGAGGCAGCAGGAGGCGAUAGUGGGGGCGAUGCAGCAGCAGGAGGCGGAGAUGAGGCGGCUCAGGCGGCAGCUGGUGGAGGGCGGUGCUGGGGGCGGCUCUGCUGUGACCGCCACUGGGGAUGGCGCCGGUAUGCCUCUCCUUGUGCCAGUGCCCCUGCCGCUCUUGCUCGGUCCGUUUGUUCUGGUUAUUGCUGCUGUGCGCCUUGCGGCUGUGCGGGCUUCAUUUGUUGUGGCUGGUGUGCAUGUGUCCUGUGUUGUGCCCCCACCGCAUGCCUGGCGGUGCACUCGUGCUCGUGUGUGCAUCCAAGCCCCUCCUCACUGCUUCACUGCCCCUCAUCCCUGGGAAGCGCCGUGUGUGCGGGACUUGGCUCGUAAGAACGGCACCCUUCAAUGGAACCCCAAACCGCAGAGGUACCUGAUAGCAAUGUGUUCGGGCGGGCAGUUGAGCAACCGGCUGGCGUGUGUGCGGCAGAGCAUGCUGGACGCGGCGCUCAUGAACCGCACGCUCGUCUUCCCCACCCACGGCAUCGACUACAACUAUGACGCCCUGCUCGACAUGGGUGCGUUUGAUGAGUGCUUUGGGCCCAACAGAGUAGUGUCGUUUGCUGCUUAUAACGAGUCAGUCAAGGGCAGGGUGCGCGUGGGCCGGUUCAUCUGCCAUGUGCAUGUCUACCAGACGGAGGCAGCGUGUGACGACCUAAUGCAGCGCUACACCGCCACACUGCACAUGCAGUUCGCGAAGAAGGAGAUAGCGCGGCGCCGCACGCCGGGCCCGUGGUUCAAGUACCCCGCGGGGGACUUCCUGCGCAAGUUCAACAGCGACCACCACGUCAUCGCCUUUGGCAACAUGUUCGGCGUGGGCGGCAGGGAGCUACGCUUUCAAGGGGCUGCGCCGCUGGUGGUUUCGCCGCAGUGCCGCGGGUUGCUGCAACCCAGCCCGGCUAUUCAGGUGCGUGGGGUGUGGCGGAGGGGGGGAGGUGGGGGGGAGAAGAUGGGAAGAGGGGUUGGGUGCGGAUGGGAAGGGUGUUGGAACGUGGGAGAGAGGGGAAAGAGGGGCGGCAGCUGUGGAUUGUGGAGGGAGGGGCUAGUGAGCAGUAGGCAGGUGGCAGCAGGUAGACAAGCAGCAGUGGGGUUCGUGAACAUGUAUCUAGGCCCGAGCUACGCAGCAGUGCACUUGCGGCGGGGGGACUUUUUCCAACACUGCAUCCACGGCAACGGGCGUCUGCGCCCCACGCCCUGCUACCAGCCGCUGCACCAGGUGGCCUCGUGCCUGCACCGCCGCCUGCAGCGCCUGCCGGGAGUCAGCAUGGUGUUCCUGGCCAGCAACGCGGAUGAGACUGAACGGAGGGUUCUCAGGGAGACGCUCACUGCGUUGGGCUCGUCCCACACGCUCAUCUCCCUGCCGCAUUCUCUGCAGGGCCACGCGUGGGCAGAGCCAUUAGAGCGGGCAGGCGUGGCGGGGAGCAGCGAGGUGGUGUCGUUCCUGGACAAGGCCAUCUGCGCGCUCGCCCUGCAGUUCUACGGCACUGCGGGCUCUACUUUCUCCAGUGACAUCAUGCGUGUUACUACAUGCCAUGCCAGUGGUGAUCAGUGUGGUCACGGCAAGGUCCAUUCCUCUGCUGCACUCUCUGCACCAGCCCUUGCCCCUUGGCAUAUUCUCCAUCCACUCACCUCAAUCCAUCCUCUACCUCUUCACAUCCCUAAGUCUUCCCACUUGCACCCUACCCUCCCUUGGCCUUUUUCCCAUAUCACUCCCCCUCUUUCCUCCCCCUCCUGCCCUUCCCCCCUGUCCUCCCCUCCUGCCCUCCUGCCCUCUGCCCUCCUCCCUUGCAAUUCCCUCCCGCACUCCUUCCCUGCCAUCGUGCCCAUCUCCAGUCUCCGUGAGUGGUGGAAGCAAGGGCUGUGCGAAACUUACAUCUGCCCGGCCAAUGAGCCUGCAGACUUUCUUCGCCUGCCCGGGCGCAGCAAUGCAACUGCCUCAGCGCCAAGCCCUGGGGCAGGAGAUUCCUCCCUGCCUUCUGUUGUGUCAGCGGGAGGGGGAGCAGUGAAUGUGUCGCCAAGACAGCUGCAGGGGCAGAAGCAAGGGAAGGUGACGGGGCAGCAGGAUGGACAAAUUGCUGCUGGUGCUGGUGCUGGUACUGGUGAUGGUGCUGGCGGGAGUGCUGGUGGUGCUGUUUCUGUUGGUGGUAACGUGGGUGAAACUGAUGAGGAGCGGAAGGGAAAAGGCAAGAAAGAGUUGCAGGGAAAGGUGGAACAGGGCAAGGGAGGAGAGGGAAAGCGAGAAGAGGGCAAAAGUGAAGGUAGGAAGAUGGCAGCAGGAGCUAGUGGGAAGAAAGAACGCGAUGAUGAUGUGGCUCGGAGAGGGGACGGGGAAAGGGGAAAAAAGCCAGAAAGAAAAGGCUAG